AUGCCAGUUCCUUCCGGAUACGCUGCACAACAAGCUGGAAAUCAACCAACAUGCUUUACAAAAGUGAGUGUUUUAAAAAUGAAAUUUUGAAGUCCUUGAGUGAAACUUCGAGUUUUUUUUGGUGAAAACAAUCCUUAAAGCAUCUAAGAAGUAUAAGGAUUUCAUAGAAAAUUUUAAAAAUAUGGAAAAUUGCAUCAUUAUUCAUAAAUUCCAUAAAAAUCUGAAAUUUUAUGCUGAAAUUUUAAUUUUUAAUUUUAUGCUCAUUGAAAUAGUGUCUCUACGAAAUCUUAAAUAAUGGAAAAUCUGAAAUUCUUCUGAAAACCUGGUUUUUGCUGAAAACCUUUAGAAAUUCAGAAAUUCCAAGGGUUUUCAUGAAAAUUGAGUGUUUUUCGAAAAAUUGCAUCAUUCUUUCCGAAAAUUCGAUAAAAAUGAAAAUUUUUAAUGGAAAAUUCAGGUUUUUACUGAAAAUUUGCCUGUAAACUUCCUAAUUUUCACAAAAAUCGUAAAUUUUUGCAGAUUCGAAUGGGUUUAAUGAUGGGUGCAAUGAUUGGUGGAGCCACAGGCAUUCUUCUCGGCGGAUUUAUGGGUUUUCGAAUGGGAUUGCGCGGACGUGAAUUGCUUCUUCAAACCGGCAAAACUGUGGCACAGUCUGGCGGAUCUUUUGGUGUAUUUAUGGGUGUUGCACAAGGACUUCGAUGCUAA